AGCGACUCUUACGCGCCGCGGAGGCGGAGGCCGGGCUGGGCUUUGCACCUGCUGCGCCCGGCUGGGAGCGUCGCCGGGUCCCUCCUGGCCCUAUGGAACCCGUGCAGCUGCCGGACGAGGCCGCCUUCCGGGCUUUCCGGGCGCAGUGCGAGGCGGAGCAGGGCUGGCAGUGCCGCUACAACCGGGAGGGCAUCGGCGUCUGGGGGCAGCCGCCGCCCCCGGGCAUCUUCGCCGUGCAUCGCGUCAAGUGCCGCGUUGACAUGCCGGGUGUGUCAGCAGCGACGGCGUACGAUGUGCUGCACGACGCUGACUACCGCAAGAAGUGGGACCCCAACGUCAUUGAAACGCAUGACAUUGCCCGCAUCACCAACAAUGCCGAUGUGGGCUAUUAUUCAUGGAAGUGCCCAAAGCCCUUGAAGAACAGAGAUGUCGUGACGCUGAGGUCCUGGUAUGUCCUGGAUAAGUCUUACGUGAUCAUCAACUUCUCUGUCAAGCACCCGAAAUAUCCUCCACGCAAGGACCUGGUGCGGGCUGUUUCACUCUGGGCUGGGUACUUGGUGCAACCAACUGGGAACAACAGCUGUUACUUGACUUACCUGGCCCAGGUUGACCCUAAAGGAUCGCUGCCCAAGUGGGUUGUGAAUAAAUCUUCGCAAUACCUGGCACCGAAGAUGUUGAAGAAGAUACACAAGGCAUGCUUGAAAUAUCCCUCCUGGAAGCAAGAGCAUAACGCAAACAUAAAACCUUGGCUGCAUCCCGAGCAAUGCCGGCUCCCAACCAUGGUGCUAACCGACCUGACUCUCCAGCACGCUUCCUCUCUGGAAACCAUAGAUGAAAGUGGCUUAAUGGAAGCCCGGGAAGAGAGGGGGGACACCAGCGAGUCAGAGAACUGAGGCUACUUCGGCUUCUCCUGCAUUGUGAGAUGGCGCGCUCCAUCUGCUGUUGUGCCUUUUCCAGUUGGUUUUACAAUAAAAGGUGGAAAAUCCA